AAAACCAAAACAAGAUACAUAUAUUGCACAACGUGGCCGAAAUAACCCCAAUGAUGGGAAAAAUUUACAGUAUAAAAGGCCCAAUUUGGGCCUGUUCCUUACACAACACAUCCGAAGAAGGUUUGGGCACUGAUAUUGCCUGCAGGAGGAGCAACCGAGACGGUUUUUAUCCUGAGUUUAAACAAGAGGUGCAUCCUGGCUGACGCAUCUUCAUCUAAUCAGCACCUGAGCACAAACAAGGAGAGGAUGUCUCAAGUUAAGCAAGAGGAGCGAUUUGGCCGCGUCACCGGGCACACGCUGCGGCGCAGCCCUCAGCCUCACCACUUCAAGGGGCAAUUCAUCAUCACAAAGAGAACCCACGGAGACAUGGAGUACGACGACAUCAACAGCCAGUUUCAGGAGCUUGUGAGCGAUGGAGACUUGCACGGAUCAAGCCAUAUGGUGUACUCUCUCAACAAGCAGAAGCGGUGGGAAAUCCCUGGCCUCCUGAAGGAUAGCAUCUGCCACGACAGGGAUGCCCACGACGACCUGAGCUUCAAGGUGUUACUGGUGGAGCGACACCUGGACAGCCAGGGGGUCUUCAAGCCGGCCUGCACCGGCCUCUAUGAGUCCAAGACCCCACAGCCCCGGCGGCUUCCCCGAAGGACCUACGCCCAUGCCCACGACCUCCACGGCAUCCGGGACCGGGGUAAUGCCACCCUGGAGGAGACCAUCCGCCGUCGCAUCCACGAGCUGCGCUGCACCAAGAACCGGGGUGGGAAGAGGAAGGUGGACUGGAGGGGCCUCCAGGAUGCCUUGCGGGAGAGGAUGCGGGGGGAGGAACAGCAGCGAGGGCAGGAGGAAGAGACCAUGCCCCAGCUGCAUUACGAGGUUGGCUACGGCCGGCCCGAGAACAAGUACCCUUGGAGGCCGGAGAUGAAGCUAAACACAGUGACGUCCAACAAAAGAUCGGCAAGCACCAAACAGCGUCAUAAAGGCACCACAGCAUUCUACAUGGAAGAUGUGUAUGAUAUGGAGGGCUGUGUCGAAGAUGAUCUCUUUGAGGAAGCCCAAUCUCAGUCCCAGGAGGAGUGCUAUCCCCUAGAGGAUGCCAUCGAUAGUGGUCUGAUCAUCAGAGAGAAUCACCCAGUGGCGACCCUCGGGGAGGCCCUUUGCGGCAUCGCAAAGAAGCCCAAGCAGUGCAAAAAGCGACGCCAUAAGAAGGGCGACCAGACCACAGUGCACUCCACCCAGAAGGGCCCCUGCAGCAACCAGGCGACAUCGAGGCCCGUGCGGGUGCAGCACAAGGGCGACACGGUGUUCGACCCAGAAGGGGCUGCUUACAAGCCGCUGCCAAAGACUCAGUGUCAGCGGCGGCAGGCCAGGGCUUCAAACCGAACCCGGGCGGCCCCAGCCUUAGCACAGGUGGUGCAAGAGGAUCACGUUACCGAUGAGGAGCCACCCUCAGUGCACCUGCACAUCAAUGCUGAGUCACUGCGGCCUUCAAGGCUGGAGGCCGACUUCAGUCGGGCUUACGCCGAGGCCAGCUGCAGGCCAAGGAAGUUUGCAGUCCAGGUCAGCGAGAGUGACACCGAUCUGGACAGUGACCCCAGACACAAGGUGUACCUCUUGUUUGAAUACUUGACCGAUGAUGCAACAACCAUCGAGUGCACAGAUGCUGCAGAUCCCGAGACUUGGCAAGUCGUGAAGAAAGGAGUGCAUGUGAGGAUGACUGUGUAUGGCCUGGAUGACAGAGUUCUCCUGUCCAGUGAGCAUCUCACAGCUUCAUUUCCACCGGAGGCCAUCAUCUCUCUCCAAGACAUCCUCAGGGACGUGCAGAGUGAACUCUCGAAGAAAUCCGCCAGCUGGAACAGAAGAGACGGCGCAGAAAGCAUUGCAUGCUCCCGAACUAGGCACAUUUCUUUGGACGUUCCAACUGUGAAGACAGCACUCGGCUGGGACUGUCAGUUCAGCACGGCCGACAAGGCUUACAGGGAAAUUGCUAGCCAGGAGACAACUCAGAGCCAGGCUGAAAAUGAGGUGCAGAAUUCAUCAGCAACUUCUGGUGAGUGUGGGAUUUGCUACGAGAGCCUGUCUGUCCAUGAAUCCAGCAGAGCCGAUGUCACAUCGUCGACCAUCGAUGGUUUGGAAGCCACGGUCCUGUCCCCCUGCGGUCACUGUUUCUGCAAUGAUUGCUGGCGUCAGUACCUGAGGUCGAGGGUCAAGCAGGGAGUGACAGACAUCACAUGCCCGGAAUAUAAGUGUGAGACACCAGUGGAUCCAGUCACCACCAUGGCCUUCCUUAACCCCGCCCAGUUCCAUGCCCACUACAGGCGCUGCCGGGAUACGGCCCUGGCACGCUCGACCCGUCACCACCGCUGCCCUAAUGCUCUCUGUGGGCGCGUGGCUCAACUGGACAGCGCGGACAACAACAGCACGUCAUCGUCGACCACUGAGGGAGGCAGGGCCAGGAGCCAGGAUGCGGGGAUGAUGGUGCGGUGCAAUUGUGGGUGGCUGUGGUGCACGGAAUGUAGGGAGGAGGGCCACUGGCCGGCAACCUGCCAGCAGGCCAAAGACUACCGCGCGCUCAUGAAGAAAGCACUGGGAGAAGAAAAAAAGCCACUCAUCACACAUGUACUAGUCAAGCGGUGCCCACGGUGCCAUACCCGCUGGGAAAAGAACGGUGGGUGCCCAUCAAUGAUCUGUGGGACGUGUCAGCUCAACUUCUGCUGGCUCUGCCUGCGUCCCUUCACCAACCACGACUACGAUAGCUGUCGAAGGUUGACAGUGGGCUUUGAGUCAGUCAAGCUGAAGUACAGGGCUCGUUCCAAGGACUACAUCCUGGAGAUAGCUAUAGAACACCACCAGCAUCGUAGCUGGACAGCCCUGAAAAGGAACUGGUGGGCCCUGAAGAAGCUGGCUUCUCGAUCGGCCAUGGUUCACAUGUCAGGUCAGAGGCCACAGGGCUUCCGCGCAUCGCUGCAGAUGACUCUGGACAUUGUCGCGGCAACCGCCUCUACUGCCAAUCACCAGCCGCUGACAUGGGCCCGAACUAAGGAGCACUUGGAGAUGAUGAGCAGGAGGACGGAGGAGAUCUUUGCGAUUGCUGCCUUCUGCCACGAGGGUAAUUUUGUGCUGGAGCACCUGGCGUUCCUGCUGGGGAGUCUGCCGCGCCGACAGAGGAAGGCCAAGUGGUGGAGAGCCAUGCUGGACCUCCAGUUCAUUCUGCACCGUCUGCAUCAGACCCUUGACAAUCUACCAAACAUCAAGCGGGCAGAGUCAGAAUCCACCAUGAACAGACUGUGCAGGCUGAUGCAUGCUGGGAAGGAAUGCCUCAGGAAGCUGGCACAGAGCAUGUCUAGGAUCAAGGAGUGAAUUUCUAAAUCACAUACCUGUGUUUCAUGUGGGCCAAGUAUUUUGAAAACAUGAGAUUUAUCAUCGUACUUAUAUAAUAUUUAUCAGCUGUAGUUUUAAGGACUGAAUUUUCACACAUGAUUAUUUAUUAUCCAAAGAAACAACUUUUAUAUUAUUUAAUGUCAAGAUAGGACUUCCUAGAGGCAUAGCUAGGGGGUUGUUUAAGGGGGUAUUGACGCUUCCCUCCCCCGUCUUUUGUUGCAACAUCUUCCCCAUCAGUGCCCCUUUCACUUCUUGACAUUCUCUCUUCUCUUUCAGCAUGGAUGCCGUGUGCCCCUUUUCACGUUUCAACCCCCCACCCCAAAAAACACUACCGUUUCUCUCUGCGUUUGCAGAACCAGAGAAAAUUAUGAAAAUUACUUUAGGGCCAAUCCGGCAAUGAUUUUUUUUUAGAGGUCUGUUUUUCAUUUUCCCAUGAUUAUUCAAGUAUUCUGCCCAGCUGGAGAUGGUGGGACGCUUGUCAUUUAUUCAGCACAUGUAGAAAUGUCCACCAUAAGUCUCACCUGGGGAAUUCACAAAAAAAUACUGCAAUAUUCAUGAAUGUGCAAUUUCCAAUGCCCAGCUUGGCAAGGUUGGAGGUACUCUGCCCAAGGUAGUGUAGUUUGCCCCUUUAAACAUGUUAACUGAAAAUGGCAUGAUAUAUAAGUUCUAUCUUAACAUCACUUCAGGAUAAGAAAUCUUUAGAGUAUCACUCUUUUGUUGUAAUAUUGAACGCAAAAAAAAUUAAGGGGCCGUAUACUUUAAAUAAUUGUGGAUCAACUUCAUUCAAUGACUGACUGCCACCGACUAUAUAAAAAGACUCAACCCCACUCUUCCCUAAAAACGGUACUGCAUAAACUUCACGAGGCCCUGUAGUGUCGUCAGAAUUGCAAUACAAAGACUGAAAGUUGAGGAGUGUAGGACACAAGAUGCAUUAAAUUAGUUACAGGAAAUAUGCACACACAUUUCAGGAGUCAAGAAAUUAAAUAGAACUGUGUUUAAUAAACCCUUUUGGCAAAUUUGACACAUUGUCAGACAGCACUAUUCAAUAAAUUCUUUAUUGAAAAUUUUAUCUUACAAAGUGUCUAAUAAAUGCUCAUUAUUUUUUCCAUGUAAAAUACGGAAUGAUGACUUUGCAAGAGCUGUAAAUUUUAAUCACAUUUUCUGCAAAUGGGGUGGAUUUAUAUGGCAGAGCUUAAACGAAGCCAAAGUCUUUUGAAAUAAAAAAAAAA